GCUAGCGAGAGCUAAGCUAAGUUAAGUUAGGCUAGCUCUCCUGCCGUGUGAUUGGGGAUAAUUGUGUGCUGAGUGGGUUUAUAUAUGGGAUGUGGGUAAUAUCUGAUUUAUGGUAGCAAAGGGGACGUUCGUUUCUUUCCUACCUGUGUUUCUGUUGAUGUACUCUUGAGUUACUAUUAUGAACAUUUUAGUGAUGUACUAUUUUCUUUCUGUUCAUUUCAGAGACCACACACACACACGCACCUGUACCUAAACUUUUAUGUAACACCUGCUCCUCCAACAAGCCUGUUACCUUUGACUGUGUGGAGGCAAUACAAGCGUUUAAAUCAUCCUGGGUGUCUUCGGUGUCUUCUUCCUGAAUCGCCAUCCGGGCCUAGAGUAGUGUUCUGGCCGACACUCCGGGGAGUGGCAGCUGCAAACCGGAAUCAACACCUUACAGUCCUCUCCUUCCGGGUUAUCUACCCAACACUAGUGGUCCUUCGAGCCGGAUGUAAGCUGCUUCUACCCUAACAAGAUGGAUGACAUUCAGAACUUCUCAGCUCUUGGUUACCGGGAGGAAAGUGAAAUAGGAGGUGACACCCGUUCUUCCCACCAUCCGCCAUCUGACCCCUCUGAAUCCCGCUCAUACAGCCAAAUCACACCAAUGAGAGCAGAGUUGGAGGAUGUGCAACGUGAAAGGUUCCUGUUACAGCAAUCACAUGACCAGAUGAGAGCUGGGCUGGCUGAUUUCCAGGCACUUCAUGCUAGUUUGCUGCAGCUGUUGGACCGUGCGGAGAAUCUGCAGCUCAAUCCACCGACCAGAAGCCCUGCUGUUCAUCUCCAGCCACCCCCUACUGAUGAGGAAGAGGACUGGCCUCUACCACCUCCUCCGGUUGCGUUCACGGAGGAACCUGUCCCCAGUCAAAGCCCAGUCACAGACCGCAUCGACACGAUGAUGAAAGAGCUUCAGGCUCUGAAGAGGGAGUCUAUGACUGUACAGGAGGGCCGGAUCAUUCCCCCACCUGAAUCUAAGUCGAGGUUCACGUCUCCUCAGCUAAGGCCCACCUACCCUCCAGCGCCGCCUCCAAGUGGACACCUCCCUCCACUGCAACCACUGCCAGCUCCGACUCCGUCCCCAUCCACUCCUUUCUCUGCCCCCCAGAUGCCUAGAGCCUUUGGCUUGGCUGCGGCCCUGGAUAUGAACUACAGGGGGCCUCGUCCAAGCAUUCCCAAGCUCCCACAUCGUGAUCCAGGAGAAUUCGCCCGACUGAAGAUGGCGCUAGAGAACUUACUGCCCUCGGAGAGUUCAGAGCUCUUCAAGUACCACGUCUUGUUAGAUCACCUCCACUUAAGCCCCAUUCCCACCUGUGGGAAUGGGGCUUUGGAGGAAGCGAAGUUGAUAGCGGACGCUUAUCUCCAUUCUGCCACGCCCUUCAGUGACACUAUGCAUGCUCUUAAUGACCGGCUUGGACAGCCCCAUCAGCUCGCCCUGCGGAGUAUUGCUGCUGUCAUGGACUCACCUGACAUCCGCCCAGGGGAUGCAGUUGCCUUCGAGUGA